GCAAAUCAUCCACCCCAGAGACCAUGGAUACCGUUGACGAGACCGAACAGGACGAGGCCAACAUGUAUAUUUACAGUAAUGUGUUACAACGUGUUGUGCGACAAAUACGCAACCCGGCAAAUGUACGGUUACUGCCCCAGCUGGGCCCUGGACUGGGAGUACCGGAAAAAAGGGAUUCUGGACGAGAUUCGACAUUACGCCGCGGAUAUCAUUAGCCUGCAGGAGGUGGAGACAGAUCAGUUCUACAAUUUCUUCCUGCCUGAGCUCAAGCACGAGGGUUACGAUGGAAUCUUUUCCCCGAAGUCGCGAGCAAAAACAAUGGCGGAGAAUGACCGGAAAUACGUCGAUGGUUGCGCCAUCUUCUAUCGAACAGCCAAAUUUACCUUGAUAAAGGAGCAUUUAGUCGAAUUCAAUCAAUUAGCAAUGGCCAACGCGGAGGGCUCUGACAAUAUGCUGAAUAGAGUGAUGCCCAAGGACAACAUUGGACUUGCUGCUCUGCUUAGGACAAAAGAAGCUGCUUGGGACAACGGCCUGCCAUCUGAUCCAGCACAAGUUCAACAACCAAUUUUAGUUUGCACAGCACACAUCCACUGGGAUCCAGAAUUUUGUGAUGUUAAAUUAAUCCAAACAAUGAUGCUCAGUAAUGAAUUACGUUCCAUUUUGGACCAAGCUGGCCAGUCUUUUAGACUUGGUCACAAGCCUGACUCUUCCAAUGUUCAACUAUUACUUUGUGGUGACUUCAAUUCCUUACCUGAUUCUGGUGUAAUCGAGUUUCUUACAUCGGGACGAGUAGCGGCUGACCACCGUGACUUUAAAGACUUAGCUUAUAAAUCAUGCUUACAAAAGAUCUCCGGUUGCGAUAAACCUAAUGAAUUCACCCACUCUUUUAAACUUGCAUCUGCCUAUAGUGAAGACAUCAUGCCCUAUACUAAUUACACAUUCGAUUUCAAAGGCAUAAUAGAUUACAUUUUCUACUCAAAGCAAAGUAUGGUACCAUUAGGACUUUUGGGUCCUUUGAGCGCGGAUUGGUUUAGAGAACAUAAAGUGGUCGGGUGUCCACAUCCUCAUGUUCCAUCUGAUCAUUUUCCACUGUUGGUAGAACUAGAAAUGACACCAACAGUAGGAACAAGCAAUGGAUUGAUCUCACGAAGGUAGCAGCCGCUGCGUUCUAGGCCCAAGUAACAAUAAGGAAAUAAACAAUAAUAAGAAAAAAAUCUCCAUCACAUUUUUCUCUUACUUCUGGCUCUAGCAAUAUCACUCGCAGUCAACGACUAUUCUAAUGGCAAAUAUUACAAAUACUCCAUAUUA